AUGUCUAAUAUAACUGUUUCUGGAACGGCUGUUAAUCUUUGGUGUAGUGAAAAUCGUGCUAUUUUCAAAAUUAUUAUCGGAGUGAAUAACGAUCUUUACGACCUUAGAAAAGCUAUCUUAGAGGAGCUUCCUAACGCUGAGAAUGUAAAAGCCAUCCAACUCACUCUAUGGAGGGUCAAAGUUGCUUCAAGUGUAUUUAGGAAUAAGGACAUUGACAUUGAUACUUAUUUAAACGAUGAAUUAGAAGAUUCAUCGGAUACAGUUGGAAAUGCAUUUCAAAACGUUGAAGGAAGUAAUAUUCGAGUUGUUGUCGGUGUUCCCGUUACUGCAGAUCCCUCACAGCAAAGCGUUCCACUUGAACAAGUAUUGAGAUUUGCGGAUUCUUACUGGGAGGAGUUGAAAAAAGAAUCAAUGCAUCCGGAAUUCCUGCAAUUAAUAAUAAGCCUUUUUCAUUUUGCAUUCAUUACCGGACUUUCAGGAUUUGACAAUAAUAGCCAUGAAGGCUACCUCCAUAAAAAUAUGCUUUCUGCGCUAUUUAAAAAGGUUAUGGGAAAUCCCUGGCUCUUCUUAAUGGGCACUUCCGGCUACUUUGUAGAACAUAUGGAAUUAUCAUUAAAUGCCGGAAAUGGUUCCAAAAACUUGGGAUCUCAAGACAUGGACAUUUCUAUCACUGAUUUGGGCGAAUACUUAACUGCUAACGACCCUGAAAAAAACACACGUACAGCACUCAAAUUCACUCGUGCCAUGCUUCUUGGCCGAUUAUUCAUUCAUAAACAGCGAAAUUUUACACCGAAGAAUUGGCUUAUAUUGCAACUCUUGCCAAGGAAAUUUGAUGGAAAUGACUUCUGGGUUACCAUUUCACGUGUAUUUCGCCAAUUAUCUUCAGAAGAUCAGGAUGUUCUUGUCGUUGAAUUUAUCAAGAAAUUCAAAACUUUGAUCCCUCAGCAAAAGCAGUUACCAAUGCAAUUGAUGAAUCACAAGCAGCCAUCAUUAAUACUCCAACUCAGUGCAGGGAAUUUAUGUCUUGUACGAUCAGGAACAGGAAUGAGUUUUGAUGAUAUCAAACUUAAUGCUGAAUCUGGUGGUGCCACAUUCAGGAAUUUUUUCAGUAUACAUGAUGGGUUUUACGAAUUCCAGUUUCUGGAACAUGCUCUAUUAGAUACAUCUUCAAUGUCCCAGAAUGAUGUGAAUAAAAAUGUGGAGAUUUGGCAACGUAAUGGAUUUGAUUUCAUAAUUACUACCUUCAUGAAAUCAUGUUUUCCUAAUUUACGUAAGAAGAAAGAAGCAUGGAAUAAAGUGCUGAAUAUCAUGAUUCUUAGCUUGUUUUCUCAUCAUACAAAGUUAGUGAAAGGAGAUGGAAUUGCAGAAAUGGUUCAAUAUGGAUUUCCCAACUUUGCAGUUUCAAAGUCUCUUGUAAAACAACUAUUCGUAACUUUUGAUGACAAAAACUCAACCAUACUUUGUUCAAAUGGUAAUAUGAAGAAGGAAAAUCUGCCUGGUUUUCUCAAGAAUCCCACUACUGCUUUCUUUAUGCCGGAAAAAUAUGGUCCAGAUUUGGCAAAACUAGUGAAAGGCGCAGCUAAAGAUCCGCACCAUUUAUAUCCUCAUGGAGAAAAACGAACCGGGUCGAAAGAGAGGCUAAGAAAAGAAGUGCUUGAUUGCUUAAAAUCUAAGUAUUGUAAGGCACAUGAGCUCUCGUGGAUCCGCUUUCUUGCAGUUUUUCAUGCUGAAGCUAAAGUGAAAAGCAAAUAUAUUAUACAUGAGGAUUCACGACCAAGAAGAUCGGUAGCUUCUAAUUUUAAUGACCCAAAAGCUAAUGAACUAAUUAUUGUAAUCGAUUCUUCUAAUGCCGAACAUUUUUUUACAAGUUUCGGUCAUAACAUGUUGAAAGAAACGUAUAGCAGAAGAUAA